AUGGCCCCAGAGUGUCCUUUCGAGGUCCUGAGAAUGUCAGACAAGACUCGGUGGCUCGGCGCGCUGGGCUCCAACCCGCUGGAGUACGGGAACAUGACGGUCCGGAAGAAGCGGAAGCCCUACUCCAAGUUCCAGACGCUGGAGUUGGAGAAGGAGUUCCUGUACAACGCCUACGUGUCCAAGCAGAAGCGCUGGGAGCUCGCCCGCAACCUCAACCUCACGGAGCGACAGGUUAAAAUAUGGUUCCAGAAUCGUCGAAUGAAAAACAAGAAAAAUAGCCAAAGACAGGCGGCGCAGGAGGCGGCAGCGGCUGCCGCGGCUGGCACUCCUUCCUCCGGGGGCGGCACCCCGGCCACCAGCCCAACCCCCCAGACUCCAAACAGCAUCAAGCCUUGA